UGCAAGCACCAUCACAGUGGGAAAGGAUAAGGGCUGGGGAUCUCAGUGGGAGGAGAUCAGAGGGGGUGUUUACAGUAGUCUCUGAAGUGUAGCAAACACUAAGAGUGAAUACUGCUGAAGAAACUGACUAGUACCAUUUGCCAUCUAGUCAACCCCAACUCACAGGGACUCCAUCUGUGUCAUAGAAAAAAUGUGUUCAGUGGGCUUUUUAAAGGCUGAUUUUUUUGAAGUACAUCAGCAGGCCUUUCUUCCCAGGCACCUCUGGGUGGACUCAAACCUCCAACCUUUCUGUUAGCAGCCUAACACAUUAACCAAUUGCACUACCCGGGGACUCCUCAGAGAGAGUGUUUAAAAUGGGCUUUGAGGAUAGUUGAGAGCAGAGAUAGACAUUCCAGGCAGCGGGGAGGAAUGCAGGGUGUGUUCUGAGACAUCUGAUUUGUUCAUUUUUGCCUGAGUACAAGGCGUGUAUCAGGUAGCAGAAGCAGGUAAGAUUAGACAGUCCGAGGAGUCUUGCUGUAUAGCCUUGACCCAGAGACAAGGUCCCUUCUUAUGCUUCUCCAUUUCAGCUCUGGAGUUGGAAAUCCCUGUUCUAUUUCCUAGUUGUUGGGGGCUCAAAUGAGUUUUGGGGGGUAUAAAACAUCAGACAAGAUGGAAGAGUUCUGUUUUUGUAAGCAAGGUCCAGGUUAGAUCCUAAGGCCCUCAGAUACUGGGAGAAGGUUUCACCAUCCCAUUUGACAGAUGGAGGAACUGAGACCCGAAAGAGUUCACAGUCAGGAAACGGCAGGGGCAGAGGGGAGGACCAGAAUUCUUAGUUUGCAGUGUUUUGGCCUUCCUCUCCCACUGAGGAGAAAAAUAAAGCAGGGAAGGGAGGCAGAAAUUGUUCUAUGCUGGGAGCAAUGUUGGAUGGGUUUUCAGGGAAGUGCUGUGAUGUCAUUGCUUGCUUUAUAAUGUCAGAAGAGAUAAGACGGACUACCAUGACUCCCCGUCACGCCAGGGCCAUCUCUGUGACGCCCAGUUAGGACGUUACGCGGUGAUUGUGGUCUCCUCUAUGACGUCAGCAGCCAAGCCCAGAAACCGGGGGGAGAGGGCUGGGUCCAGCCGCGGGGCCCGCCGGCUGCACGCGGGGUCUGAGGGGUCCGGGCGGCGCGCACCGCCUGAGGGCCUUGGCUGCUGCGGCGGCGACUUUGGCGUCAGUGAGGGCAAGGCCCCAGUCAGGAUGAGGCGGAGCCCCCGUCCGAGCUCCGCCGCUGCCCCGCACAAGCACACACCCAACUUCUACAGCGACAACGACAACAAUUCAGUGAGCGCCACCUCGGGAGACAGCAGCGGGCACCGGUCAACUGGGCCGGGGCCCGGGGAGCCCGAGGGCAGAAGAGCCCGGGGCUCGAGCUGUGGUGAGCCCGCCUUGAGCGCAGGAGUGCCCGGAGGAACCACAUGGGCUGGAAGCUCUCGGCAGAAGCCGGCGCCCCGGAGCCACAAGGGGCAGACGGCCUGUGGCGCGGCAACCGUGAGGGGCGGGGCCUCGGAACUGGCUGGGACUUCCGUAGUCUCUGAGGAGCAGCUCGACCUUCUCCCGACCCUGGAUCUGAGGCAGGAGAUGCCACCCCCGCGGGUGUCCAAGAGCUUCCUGAAUCAGCUCUUCCAGGUCCUGAGCGUGUUGUUAUCCCUGCUAGGAGACGUGCUGGUCAGUGCGUCCAGGGAGGUCUGUUCCAUCCGCUUCCUGCUCACGGCUGUGUCGCUGCUAAGCCUCUUCCUGGCCGGUAAGAGGGUGCUGAUUUCCCUGGGCCCUGAGGGAGGCGACUCAGCCACAGCCCUGGGUUCUCGGGAGCCAAAAUGCAGCCCGUUUUCUCCUGUGUCCCUCAGCGCCUUGCAGGCCCCCCAAGGCCCUCUAGUCCCUGCUCGGACCCCCACAGCCUGCCCCUGGCUAGACCCCUCAAGCCUCUUCCCUCCUCCCCGUCCCUUUAUGCCGGAGAAACCAUUUUCUUCCCUUCCCCUGAGACCUCCUCUUUCUCCAGCGCUCUGGUGGGGGCUCUUGUACCUGGUCCCUCCUUUGGAGAAUGAACCUAAGGAGAUGCUGACUAUGAGCGAGUACCACGAGCGCGUGCGCUCCCAGGGGCAGCAGCUGCAGCAGCUCCAGGCCGAGCUGGAUAAACUUCACAAGGAGAUGUCCAGCGUCCGCGCCGCCAACAGCGAGAGAGUGGCCAAGCUCGUGUUCCAGAGGCUGAAUGAGGACUUCGUGCGGAAACCGGACUAUGCGUUGAGCUCCGUGGGUAAGGCCCAAAGACAUCGGGCGACAGAUUCACAGUCAGUGACACAGACUGACCUGCGGGAGGGGACAGAGCUGCAGACAGACCGUCCCCCAGCUGUCCGUCUGGCCCGGGAGCCUCAUCUCCUUCUCUGCCCCGCUCCAGGAGCCUCCAUCGACCUAGAGAAGACAUCCCGUGACUACGAAGACGCAGACACUGCUUACUUCUGGAAUCGCUUCAGUUUCUGGAACUACGCGCGGCCGCCCACGGUUAUCCUGGAGGGCCUCCAGGUUGAUGAUGAGACUGAAGUUUUCUUGGGAAAAUUUACCUUCGAUGUGGAGAAAUCUGAGAUUCAGACUUUCCACCUGCAGAAUGACCCCCCAGCUGCCUUUCCCAAAGUGAAGAUCCAGAUUCUAAGCAACUGGGGCCACCCCCGCUUCACAUGCUUGUAUCGAGUCCGUGCCCAUGGCGAGCGAACCUCAGAAGGGGCAGGGGACAGUACCACAGGGGUCACUGGGGGGCUCCAUUAAACACACUGAUGAUUGGAGUAGAGUGGAGGUCUGUGCUGAAGGAAUCUGGAUCAGUGCUGGGGGGUGCUCUGUUGGAGGCCUUGGUUGCCUUUAGCAUAUAAGUAUGGUGGGGAUCUGCCUCCCAAUACACCCUCCUUUCUUGGAGAAGUUCAUGUCAAUGUAAUAGCAGCAGCUCACAUUUAUGGAGUGCUUACCAUGUGCUAGAGAAAGUGCUCUGGACAUUAUACACAUCACCUAACUUAAUCCUCACAAUCAAAGAGGGGGAAACCACUCAGGAAACUUACUGAAGGUCACACAGUGAAGAGCAGAGCCAGAGCAGGACCAGGACUGCCUUCCUCCAGAGGCCAUCCUCUUUAACUGUAGAGCUGCCAGUCUGCCUGGAGCCAAAUUUAUGCUCUGCAAUCCCUACGCUCGACCUCUUGAAAAGUCCCCCAAUCCCUGCUAGGUGCAUAAUGAGGUGAGGGGGAACUACCCUCUUUUCAGACAAACACAAAAACUGAAGAGACUUGAGAACCUGUCGGAAGCUUGUGAGUCAGAGCUGAUGCAGCCCUGGUAGCCCUUUCUCAUAUUGUCUUUAUUGAGACCUGAGUGCCUGUCCCUCUGCCAGGCACGGUGUAGGUGGUCUGGUGUUCAAGAGUCACUGCCCUCAGGAAGCCUGAUCAGAAAAAGAAGAUGCUCCAGGAAACAGGACAGUUCAUUUAGAGAUCUAAGAAAUCUUCACUCUGAGGGUUGAAAGUAGAAUUGGAGGACUAGGGGAUGAAAGAAACAGGCAUCAAAGAAUUGAGUUCUACCUGUGCCGAGUGCAGGAAAGAGGGACCACCAUGAGGAAAAGAAUGCUCAGCAACUUGGCUAACAAUGUUAGGAUGCUUCCCAGUGUGUUCAUGUUUUAGAAGAAUGCACAGACUAUUAACAGUAGUUACACAUCUAGGAAGUAAAAUUGAGAUGUCUAAAUAUGUGGGGGUAGAACAUUUAUCCAUGUUUGAAUUGUUGGGGUAUUUUUGUAAUCUGAAGACAGAGAAGAAAGUAUUCUAUCCGGGGCUGUCAAAGCCUAAGGUCAGACAUGUGAACCAGUAAGGCCUCCCAGAGGCAGUUUCGCAGUAGAAACCAAAAGCCUUGAAGCUUUUUAUAUUCUUUGAUCACAGCAAUGCCAUUUCCAAGAAUGUGUCCAAAGGAUACGUAGAUGUAUUCAAAAGAUAAUACUUAUCAAGGAUAUUCAUCACACUGUUGUUUAUAGAGAAAAGAUAGGGAACUUAGCAUCCAAGUAGAUAAAUUACACUACAAAAUGAGAGUCAAUAGAAAUGGUAAUAUAAGGCAAUGUUUAAUGUCAUGGAAUGUAAUUAAUGAUAUACGGUUAAUUUUUUUAAAAAGCAAGCUAUUUGGCAUACAUAAAAAAUUUAAAACUUCCUAUUAAGAGUUCUAUAUACCAAAGGACACUGUAAAUGAAAAGACAACAACCUGGAAGGAAAUACUUUAAACAUAUAUAAGGCUAAGAGUUAACCAGAAUAAAGGCUGGAACAAAAAAAAAAAAAAAA